GGAGAGGUUAAAUUUUAGUGUAUCUUCAAGAAAUAAACACUUGCCAGGUUCUUUUUGACUGUUGGCUAUGUCAGCGAGGAGACCCAUUGGGUUAGAAGGACUUUAUGAUGCAUGUAAGGAAGUCUACCCCGACCAACCAAAUCCACUUCAGAUAGCAUCGGUUGUCAAAUUUUGGUUGGGUGGACCUGAUCCCCUAGACUUUAUUAAUAUCUAUAUCAAUCCUGGUGAUAAGAAGAAAGGUAUUCCUCCUCACUGGCAUUAUGUCACUUGUGGUUUGUCAGAUUUAUAUGGAGACUCAAGAGUACAUGAGGUGGCUGGUCCUGAUCAAGCCAGUGGAUUUGGUUUUGAAUUAACUUUUAGAUUGGACUGUGAUACUUCUAUGCCUAGUUCACCAUCUACAUGGCCUGCUGAACUCCUGCAAGCUCUAUCACGUUAUGUUUUUCAAUCUGAUAACGUACUAUGUGUUGGUGAUCACAUAUCAUGGCAUACGUCUCUUGAUAAUAGUGAUUCUCGUAUUCAGCACAUGCUUUUAGCAUCAGAUCCUCAGUUAAAACCAUUUUCUUCCUCUUUGGGGUCUGUCAGUUUCAUUCAGAUUGUUGGUAUAACUAGUGAAGAGUUACAAGCUGCUCAGCAAUGGAGUGUGCCAGGUGUAUUAGACCUUAUGAGGCAGAAACCAUUGUCUGGAGGUGAGUGGCUAAUCACAAAUAUGAGAAGAGGGGAAUCUCUUUUUGAAAUGGAUUCUGAUAAUUAUGCUUUACUUCAGAAAGGCAUUACAGAGGAAGGUAGUUGUCUUAGUGGAGUUAGUGCUGUGUGUAGCUGGGAAGAUGGUGCUGGAAGAAAAGCUGGUGGUGCUAUUGUUACUGAUCUUCCUGGAAUGGGUCCUAGUAUAUCAGUUGUAGGUAGUGUGGCUCCACAUGGGGCUGAAGGUGGUACUACAAUGGAGUUGCUAAGGACACAAUGCUUAAACUAUGUAGAAUUAUCUUUUAACUUUGAAGCUGCUAAGCUAUUGUUUCUUGCACUAAAUGGUCGUGUCAAACAUGGAAGACAUUUUACUUUUAAGAGUGUCACUGGUGAUGUGGCUAUCACUUUAGUUUCAUCUGGGAUAGAGGGUGCAUUUGCUGAUGAGGAACAUCCUUUGGCUUCACAAGGAACUUGGUUGCAUGUUUUUAUUUCUAAAUCUGAUAUUGACAUGAUGCUGAAAGACAUAAGAAUCCUCAAUGAUCCUAGUUUAAAGCUGCCAUGCACGUUUAAAUGGGCAAGCAAGAAGCUGUCAAUCUCAGUUCACGGCAAUGAUCAGUUAGGAAGAACACUACCUAUUAAUACCCCCAAUACUCCAGACAUCACUUAACAUUAUUUUACAUUUUUAAGUUCAUUGAUAACAAUGCUUUAGCAAUCUCAUGUAA